AUGCCCGAGGUGAAGGCGAGGAGAUGCUUCUCCUCGCGAGGUUGGGUGUUGACGAUCGGCAGGGACUGGGAACUCCACAUGCUGAAAAAUCCCAUGUCGCGUGGCAGUCAUAUUAUUAAUCUUCCCAAUUUGAACAAGUUCCCCGACAUCGAAGUUGAAAACUUGCGUAGGUAUUAUCACUCGUAUGGUGCCUUCAUCAAUAAGUUCGUCCUAUCCGAUAGCCCCACUACAUCUCCAGAUUUCAGGGUCAUGGUCACCUAUUACUACGAUGCACGUUUAGGGCUUUGGAAACCCGGUGACGAGGAGUGGACAAAGGUUGACCACCCCAGCUCUUUUAAUUUUGAUGUCAUAUUUUAUAGGGGGUGCUUUUAUGCUCUUAACGCCAAUGGUCACAUAUUGAGGUGCGACGUGAACGGACCAAUUCCAUCCAAAGCUCAAGUAGUUUUCGAGAUGCCGCAAGAUUUAUUAGGUUUGGAGCAAAUGUAUCUAGUGCAAUCGACAACAGGAUCUCUACUGGUGGUGUCGCGACGGGGACAAUAUAGACCUCGAGGAACCUUUCGAUUUCAUGUUUUUGAGAUUGACCUAGUAGCACAAUCAUGGAGAGGAAUUAAGACCUUGAAGAACUCUUCGCUCUUCUUGGGCUGGAAUUCUUCCUUCUCUUUGGAAGUCGAUGAAAAGCAUCACAUUAAGCCGAAUUGUAUUUAUUUUACUGAUGAUUUUAUUGAUAAUUCCCGGGUUACUAAAGAUGGAGGGGGCAAAGACAUGGGAAUAUACCACCUCCAAGAUGGUACGAUCGAGCCGCACUUCCAGGGGAAAUCUUACAGCCAUUAUUCUCCUCCGCUGUGGAUCGAACCGAACUUCUAA